UUCCAAUUGGCAUAUCAACUCACAGCUUUUCCUUUGUUUGCUUCUUGUUGUAUUUGAAACUACGUCUUUUUACUUUUGUAACUUGAAGACAAUUUGACGAUAACAGCGGAUAAUAACGCCGCAAAAACUCAAACAAUACCUUCACCAUCCUCCCAGGCUACGACUCAACAAAAAGUAAUGUCCAACUCACUAAAUGUAUUGUGUGCUAUAUGUAGUGAAUACUUCAGUAGCUGUGCAAUUAUCUACUGCACGACCAAAUGUGGCCAUGUUUUCCAUCAACAAUGUCUGACCCGGUGGUUGUCUCACUCGGAUAGUUGCCCACAAUGUCGUAGAAAAUGCCAUCGUCAUAUGGUGCAUCGUGUGUAUCUUAAUUUUUCCGAGCCCUUACCAGCGGAUGAUUUAGAAAGUGAGGCAGUGAAAUCCUUUGAUUGGUUCCCAUUCGAUAAUAACAUGACUGCAGAAAAGAUUUCAAAGUUUGGCUUAAAAUUGGAUGACGAUGAAGACGGUGACGCCAUAUAUGCCGCACAUGUUUAUCUACACAAUGACCUUUUGCCUGCUUUUUAUGUUCCCAAGAAAAAAGGUGUCUACUGUGCAUGGAAUUGUCAAUCACAUUUUCUAGAAGAUGAAAUUGAAUUGUUGGAUGUUUCCAACGAUAGCGAAGUCGAAUACAAAUGGGUGGCUGCAGCAAAUGGUGAAAUACCGGAGCAUGCAUUGGCUUUCGGCUACAGUGAUACUGGUGAAUCUCUAUAUUGCGGUCGAGCAUUAGUGGAAGGACGCAUACGGUAUGGAAAACUACACCCAUCUCAUAGUUGUUGUUAUGUGCCCUUCGAACGAUUCGAAAAGAAUAAUAACAUCUACGAAGUUCUAGUAAGAGUUCCCAAGAAAGAAAAUAGCACAUAACCACAUAUGGGCAACGCAUAAGAUCAUAUCGGGAACCAAAGCUAUCAGUCGUUAUGUAUCUACCAGAAGUUAUAUUUAUGUAUUCUAAAUGUUUGUUCGUCUAGUUGCUCUUAAGGGCAGAAAUAGAUAUUAGUAUAUAAAUUAUUUUCGCAAUCUCGACAAAGAAUGAGUCACUAAGUAUAGAUGUGUAUGUAUGGAAAUAAAAUUGAAUGGCAUCAA